GGGGCGGGGCUUUGCGGGAGGGGGCGGGGUUCCGCUGGUGGGUUGGCUUUCGUCAGUGACGUAAGUAGAAGCUGGUUGGGGAAUGUGCAAGCAAGCCCGGCGCUAAGCAGUGCGUACAUGCGUGAUGACGUAGGGAGCGUCGAUUGGGAGAGAGAACUGGGCCCGCGCCUGCGUGCAUUCUCGUCUUCUGUCCAAGUUGGUCGCUUCCCUGCGCCAAAGUGAGCAGUAGCCAACAUGUCAGGGUGGGAGUCCUAUUACAAAACCGAGGGCGAUGAAGAAGCAGAAGAACAAGAAGAGGAGAACCUUGAAGCAAGUGGAGACUACAAAUAUUCAGGAAGAGAUAGUUUGAUUUUUUUGGUUGAUGCCUCCAGGGCUAUGUUUGAAUCUCAAAGUGAAGAUGAGUUGACUCCUUUUGACAUGAGCAUCCAGUGUAUCCAAAGUGUGUACAUCAGUAAGAUCAUAAGCAGUGAUCGAGAUCUCUUGGCAGUGGUGUUCUAUGGUACUGAGAAAGACAAAAAUUCAGUGAAUUUUAAAAAUAUUUACGUCUUACAGGAGUUGGAUAAUCCAGGCGCGAAACGAAUUCUAGAGCUUGACCAGUUUAAGGGGCAGCAGGGACAGAAACGUUUCCAAGAGCUGAUGGGCCACGGAUCUGACUACUCACUCAGUGAAGUGCUGUGGGUCUGUGCCAACCUCUUUAGUGAUGUCCAGUUCAAGAUGAGUCAUAAGAGGAUCAUGCUUUUCACCAAUGAAGACAACCCCCACGGCAAUGACAGUGCCAAAGCCAGCCGGGCCAGGACCAAAGCCGGUGAUCUCCGAGAUACAGGCAUCUUCCUUGACUUGAUGCACCUGAAGAAACCUGGGGGCUUUGACAUAUCCUUGUUCUACAGAGAUAUUAUCAGCAUAGCAGAGGAUGAGGACCUCAGGGUUCACUUUGAGGAAUCCAGCAAGCUAGAAGACCUGUUGCGGAAGGUUCGCGCCAAGGAGACCAGGAAGCGAGCACUUAGCAGGUUAAAGCUGAAGCUCAACAAAGAUAUAGUGAUCUCUGUUGGCAUUUAUAAUCUGGUCCAGAAGGCUCUCAAGCCUCCUCCAAUAAAGCUCUAUCGGGAAACAAAUGAACCAGUGAAAACCAAGACCCGGACAUUUAAUACAAGUACAGGCGGUUUGCUUCUGCCUAGCGAUACCAAGAGGUCGCAGGUAGGUAGAGAUGCCUUUUGUUGUUGUUUUUCAGAUAGGGCAUUGUGCAGAUACACACCCCGGAGGAACAUCCCCCCUUAUUUUGUGGCUUUGGUUCCACAGGAUGAGGAGUUGGAUGACCAGAAAAUUCAGGUCACUCCUCCAGGCUUUCAGCUGGUCUUUUUACCAUUUGCUGAUGAUAAAAGGAAGAUGCCCUUUACUGAAAAAAUCAUGGCAACUCCAGAGCAGGUGGACAAGAUGAAGGCUAUUGUUGAGAAGCUCCGCUUCACGUACAGAAGUGACAGCUUUGAGAACCCCGUGCUGCAGCAGCACUUCAGGAACCUGGAGGCCUUGGCCUUGGAUUUGAUGGAGCCUGAACAAGCAGUGGACCUGACAUUGCCCAAGGUUGAAGCAAUGAAUAAAAGACUGGGUUCCCUGGUGGAUGAAUUUAAGGAGCUGGUUUACCCACCAGAUUACAAUCCUGAAGGGAAGGUUACCAAGAGAAAACACGAUAAUGAAGGUUCCGGAAGCAAAAGGCCCAAGGUGGAGUAUUCAGAAGAAGAGCUGAAGACCCACAUCAGCAAGGGCACACUGGGCAAGUUCACUGUGCCCAUGCUGAAAGAGGCUUGCCGGGCAUAUGGGCUGAAGAGUGGGCUGAAGAAGCAGGAGCUGCUGGAAGCCCUCACCAAGCACUUCCAGGACUGACCAGAGGCCGCACACCCAGCCGUCCUUCCACAGUGUGGCCAGGCUGCCUGGCCUUGUUCUCAGCCAGUUAAAAUGUGUUUCUCCUGAGCUAGAAAGAGUCUACCCGACAGAAGUCGAGGGACUUUAUGUUUUUGAGGCUUUCUGUUGCCAUGGUGAUGGUGUAGCCCUCCCACUUUGCUGUUCCUUACUUUACUGCCUGAAUAAAGAGCCCUAAGUUUGUACUAGA